GCAGUAGAAGCAGGCUCUGGUAGAAGCGCAGCAGACAUACGCAGUGCUUCGCGAGCCUGGCACAGCGAAACAAGGAACCUGAGGAUCAGUGAUGAACAGGAUACGAAUCCAUGUUUUGCCGUCGAGCAGGGGCAGGGUGACCCAGGCUAGCCGCCCCCAAGAGCCCCAGGCCUGCUCCUUCACCCAGAGGCCCUGCUCCCAGCCCCGCCUGGAGGGCCUGGAGCUCUGCAUCAAACACAUCCUGGAGGACAAGAAUGCCCCCUUUAAACAGUGCAGCUACGUCUCCAACAAGAAUGGCAAACGCUGCCCCAACGCAGCCCCCAAAGUAGAGAAGAAAGAUGGGGUGACGUUCUGUGCCGAGCACGCCCGCAGGAACGCCAUGGCCCUCCAGGCUCAGAUCAGGAAGUCGUCCUCUGGUCCCUCCCCGGAGGCCCUGCUCGCCCAGCUCAGCGGGUACAGCCGUGCCGACCCACAUGGCCUGGACGUGGGACGGAGUGAAGCCAGCCGCAUUCUAGAUGAGGACAGCUGGAGUGAAGAGGAGCAGACCCCCCUGGUACUGGACCAGACGUGGAGAGGAGACCCUGACAGUGAGGCUGACAGCGUUGACAGCGAUCACGAGGAUCCUCUCAAACAUGCUGGAGUGUACACAGCAGAAGAAGUGGCCCUGAUCACCAGGGAGAAGUUGAUCAGGCUCCAGUCUCUCUACAUCGACCAGUUCAAACGCCUGCAGCACCUGCUGAAGGAGAAGAAGCGACGCUACCUGCACAGUCGCAAGGUGGAGCACGAGAGCCUGGGGAGCAGCCUGCUGACGGGGCCCGAGGGGCUCUCCCUGAAGGAGAGGGACAACCUGAGGAAGCUGAAGGCUCUCCGACGGUACCGGCGCCGCUAUGGCGUGGAGGCCCUGCUGCACCGGCAGCUGCGAGAGAGACGCCAGGCCAUCACGGAGGGAGCUCCCCAGACGCAUUCAGCCAGAACCGGCCAGAGGUGCAUCUCCUUCGUUGAAGGGACUCGCUGCUCUAACCAGAGUCUCCCCAUGACUCGACACUGCGUUUCACACAUCUACCAGGACAGUAACCAGGUGCUGUUCAAGGUGUGUCCUGGUUUGAAGGACGUGCCUUGUGACCGCCCCGUCCACAUGGGCCAGUCGGAGGAGCCCCGCUGCUCCCUGCACCUCACCCUGCCCCCGCCCAUGUACCAGCCUGAGCAGGAGCCCCCUCCCCCGGAGCAGCAGCUCUUCCCCGCCCCCAGGGACAUGUACCUGAGCGCCGCAGAGCUGCAGCCCACAGAGAGCCUGCCGCUGGAGUUCAGUGAUGACCUGGACGUGGAGGGAGACGGGAUGCAGUGUCCCCCCUCCCCUCUGCAGUUUGACACGGCCUUGGCCCUGGAGGACCAGACCAUCCGGGCCAUAGCUGAGGCCCCCAUGGACAUCCUGACUGGGGGGGACCCUGAGGAGCAGGUGGACCUGGACGCCUCAGGGCAGGAGCUCUCUGACAGAGACAUGGAGGCCAUAGAUGACCAGGUGGGGUCAGGACUACCCUCACCCCUCAACAUAGUGACAAGCUGCUUUUUAGGUUCUGGUCGUGUCUGAGGUGGUUGGAGGCCAGGAAGAUGGCGUAGAAAGCUCCGCUCCUGCUGUGGCCGCUGUCACCAGAUGAAGACCAUCUGUUCUGCCCUGUCCCUCAAUCCAGAAGACCAGCCAGUGCAUUCCUGUCUGAAUUAGAGUUGACCAAUCAAAACCCAGUUUUAUCUACAAUGUAGAUCAUUAAAGUCCAUUUGCAAUAACAAUACAACUACUGAAUUACUAUGACAGAACGGUAUUCUUUGUAUUCUAUAAAUAUAUCAAAAGCUAUUUUGAUGCCAGGUUCUUCCCAUGUUACCUACGUUUUAACCAAAUUGACCUGUAUAUAUUUAACAUAACUCUUGAUGUAUGAAUACCAAAAUGUUGGUAGGAGAUUACAUGUCACUCAACACAUUGUUUAAUAAACCUUGCCAAAAUAAACUAUUUUGU